AUGAGAUCUGCGUCUGUUGCCCUUGAUGGCUCGACCCAACAAGCCUCGACCAAGCAAAAGUCCCGUAUGCUGUGUGAAGUCCAAGUGGUGGACAAAGAAGGCCAUGUUGUACGUGUCACGAUGUGGAAUUCUCGAGCGAAGAUCUUCAGUGGAAAGCACGGUCAGGUCUUGCACGUCAUGAACUCCGUGGUUGAGCACCGUGGAGGGGUGACCUUGAAUUCAAGCGAGAAGACCGAAUUCCCUCUGAACCCAAAGAUUGAAGAGGCGGAUGAACUGAAACAGUGGUUUACCGAUGGUUUCGAUGAGGCUGCGCUUAAGCAUAUCUCUUGUGGUUAUUCCAAGGAAGGCGGUCUGACUUCGACCACGCUGGAGGAGCUCCCGAAAGUCUUGACGAAAGCUCAAGUCCGCGCGUCGAGGCUCGGUCAUGGAGACUGCAUCGACUACUUCAAUAUGGUCGAGAACAUCAGCGGGUUCCAGGAAGGCAUCAUGUAUCAAUCUUGCGGGUUUCAGGGGUGUCGAGAGAGUUUGGAGAAGCACAAGGGCGAUUGCCCCGUCAAGGAACACACCCCGCAACCUGACGAGAAACAGUAUAAGUACAAAAUAGGCUUCACAACUGGCGAAGAUGAGAACAAGGUCAUGCUUCUGACCGUGUUCUCUCCUGCUGGUACGAUGAUUAUAGGUGCACCAGCUACCGAGAUGUACAAGAUGGAAGCUACUCCGAAUACCCAGUACAUGAAGAAGUUGGAGGAGAUCAUUACCUCAGGCACUUUCCACAAAUUGUUAGUUCGAGUGAGCACUCGACAUUGGAUGGAUGUGAAUAACUGGGAGCACUGCGAGCUGCAAUAUCAUGUUGUGUCGGCUUGGCCAGCUUGGGACACUGGCGCUUCAGAGGAGGUGGAUACAUCAGGGGUUGGUGUCGAUGAGCCGGCCGAUGUGAACAACGUGAACAAGCAUGCUGGCUGGCUGCUGCUCGAUGUCUGA